AUGAAUGUUGAAGAGGAUGUUGAGAUGAAUAUUAAGAGAGAUGUUGAGGUAAAUGUUGAGGAGGAUGUUGAGGUGAAUGUUGAGGUGAAUGCUGAGAUGAAUGUUGAGGUGAAUGUUGUUAUAAAUGCUGAGAAGGAUGUUGAGGUGAAUGUUGUUAUAAAUGUUAAGAAGGAUGUUGAGGUGAAUGUUGAGAAGAAAGCUAAGAAAGAGAUUGUGCAAGAUUUAGAAGAGGAUAGUGAGCUUGAUAUAGAGGAGGAUGAUGAGGAUGAAAACAAUAAAGAUAAAAAGACAUGUGAAUGCUUACUUACUGUAACUUCUAUAUGCAAGAUAAAAGAAAAAAAGACAAGAAUGAUAAAAGGGUUACUAAAAACAACUUAUUAUCGUAAGUUUGAUGCCUUUAGCAUUCUUACCAAUGUGGCUAAAGGAACUCAUAAGAUUACAAGUUUUUUUAAAGCUGCAAAUACAUCUUUAAUGAAUGAAGUAUUACCUAUUACAGCAUAUGAAGGAAUCAACCAACUUCAUGAAUAUUUGGUAAAAAAUGAAUGUUUAAUUGCAGCCUCUGAAUAUAAUAAAUGUUAG